UUCUCUUUCAACGACUAACAGAAAUCAUUUCCUCUCUUCACUAAACAUUCAGCCGAGUUAGAAACUCUCAGAAACAUUGGUUAACCAAUUAAAUGAGUCGGUCUGAGAAGAUUUAAGGCAGAUUUAAAAGCUGUAGGUCAUUUCGGCGUGAAAAUGGUGAAGUGCGGACUUUUGUCUCAGAAAAAUGAGCCAGUGCCUCUGAAGAGCAUCUCAGUGGAGGUUCGGGUUCAGGAUCAUGUAGCCACAGUCUCCUCCACUCUGCAGUAUGUGAAUGAGGAAGAGCGCCCCCUGGAGGCCUUGUUCGUCUUCCCUCUGCCUGCUGAUGCUGCUGUCUGCCACUUCAGUGCCAAGAUCGGAGAGCAGGAGAUUGUGGCAGAGGUGCAAGACAAACAGAGCGCGAGGGAUCGUUAUGAUGAUGCUGUGAGUUCGGGUCAGCAGGCGUUUCUGUUGGAAGAGAGCGCAGAGAGUCCUGAUGUGUUCAGACUGAGUGUCGGGUGUCUGUCUCCGGGUCAGAACGCUGCCGUCACCAUCAUCUACGUCACCGAGCUCGCUGUGCAGGCCGACCACUCGCUGCGCUUCUGUCUGCCGGCUGUACUCAACCCCCGAUACACACCAGCAGGUUCAGCUGCUGGUAUAGUCUCAGAGAUUUCAUCAGGAUGUGGAUCUGUUCCCUACACGCUGACUCUCAGUGUCCAUGUGAGCUCUCCAAAGCCCAUCUCCAAACUAGAGUCCAACUGCACUCUGAUUCUAGUGUUCCUCCACUCUGAUCACACUCAGGCGACGGUGAAUCUGAGUCCUGGUCACAUGUUUGAUAAGGAAUUUGAGCUGUUUGUGUACUAUCAGGAUACCCAUCAGCCCUCUGCUAUAGUGGAGGCAGGAGUGAACACUGCCCCAUCAGGCUCUCUGAUGAGGGACCCAGUGGUCAUGAUAAGUUUGUACCCAGAGUUCCCAGAGGAAGUGAUGUCAUCACUGGCAACUCAAGGCGAGUUUAUUUUUGUGGUUGACAGAUCAGGCAGUAUGUACAGCAUGAUGCAUCGUGGUAAAGGAGCACAGAUGCGCAUUGAAAGCGCAAAGGACACUCUGCUGUUACUGUUGAAGAGUCUGCCCAUGGGAUGCUACUUCAAUAUCUAUGGAUUUGGCUCUAAUUUUGAGUGCUUCUACCCUAAGAGUGUCGAGUACAAUCAGGACACAAUGGAUCAGGCUCUGAAGAGAGUGAAGGAAAUGCAAGCAGACUUGGGUGGCACAGAGAUUUUACAGCCUCUAAAACACAUCUACAGUCAGCCCUGUGUGCCCGACCACCCCAGACAGCUGUUCAUCUUCACUGAUGGAGCGGUGGGAAACACUAAAGAGGUGCUGGACCUGGUGAAACAUCAUGUUCACUCUCACAGGUGUUUCUCAUUCGGGAUUGGUGAGGGUGCAAGUACCGCCCUCAUCACAGGAAUGGCCAGGGAGGGAUCUGGUCACGCUCAGUUCAUCACAGGCACCGACCGCAUGCAGCCCAAAGUGAUGCAGUCCCUCAGGUUUGCGCUGCAGCCCGCUGUGGUUAAUAUCUCUGUGGAUUGGACCCUUCCAGAUGGCAUUACUGUUGACACACUGUCUGCACCCAUCAAUGUACUCUACCAGGGUCAAAGGUCACUCAUUUACGCCCAACUUAAAGGAGAGAGUUCAGGAGGCUCUGAGGGAACAGUGACAGUCAAAUACAUGCUAAAAGAUCAACCAGUAACAAACCAGCUCCACUUCUGCCUCAAACCAACUGAGGAAACAGGGUUGGCCGUCCACCGGCUGGCGGCUCGGACCCUGAUCCGUUCUCUGGAGCAGAAGGAGAGGUCAGGUGAUACAGUUGUGUUCGGCAUCAGGAGCAGGAUCGUGGAGCUCAGUGUUCAGGCAGGAGUGAGCAGUGUUCAUACAGCCUUCAUUGCCAUUAAUAAAGACAGCAGACAGACCGUGAAAGGACCCCUGCUGCAGAGAAGAGUGCCGACACAAGGGUCACACUGGCAGAUUUCACAGGGAUUUAGUUUUCAACCCGGACCAAGUGUUUUGACACAAGGGUUUUCUUUGGGAGGUUCACUUGCCGCACAAUCUGUUCAGCCAAUGGCUUUUGGAAGCUUUAUGUCAUCGCCAGCCACACAAUCUGCUCAGUCACUUUCUUUUGGAAGCUUUAAUUCAUCGCUGUUUGGAUGCAGUUUGAUGUCGAUGCACGCUGCUCCUGAUCCCCAGAAGGACCCGUUACUCCAGCUGGUUUCUCUCCAGAAGGCGUCAGGCUGCUGGGAGCUGGACGCCACACUGGCGGAUGUGUUUGGGAAGACGGAGGAUGAGCUGACCAAUCAGAAACCAGCACAGGUGGAUGGGUCAGUAUGGGCCACUCUCCUGGCUCUGAUCUGGUUAUACGGCUGUAAAAUAGACCAGCAGGUCGAGUGGCAGUUUGUGGCCAUGAAGGCAGCGUCAUGGAUCGGCUCUCAGAAAGUGGGCGAUCUGUCUCAGUGUGUGUUUGUGGGUAAUGUCCUGCUCGGAUGUCUUGUGACCAAAGAGACUCUGGGAAUCUGAAGACAUCUGGGAAUCUUUAAAACUGUCAUGAUUAUGUUUUUGCUGUUUUGAAAUUGAAAAUAAUUUGAAUCAGAUUAAUCAUUAACCUUAUCAUGUUCACAUUCGGCAUGUUUGGUUCAAUUAAAACGAACCCUGGUGCGAUUGCACGGUUAGUGCGGUUCAUUUGAACAUAUGUGAACGCUGCCAUCCGAACCCUGGUGCGCACCAAACAAGCCGACCGCUUCCGAAUGAACUCUGGUGCGGUUCGAAUGAUAUAUGAAAGCAACACAGACCAAAGACAUGUAAACGAACCAAAAACAGGAAGAUGAAGCCCUAAAAAGGACAGAAUCCUCACGCAUAUCGGUUUUUCUCGUCAUAGUCGCGAGUUUGCCCAUGACAGGCAUCAGACUCGUGUCUCCACGAGGCAGAUCGUUUGUGUGUGACAGAUGGAUUCCCGCCACUGUUUUGAGUACUUUACACAUUUUAUAAGCUCUUCACGAGUUCCCAGCUGGCCAAUGCAAUAUAACCCCCCCCCCCCCCCCCCCCCCCCCCCCCCCUCACCUACUGGAUGCUUACCACAUUUUUCCAUCUUAAAAAUAUAUCUAAAUUACGACAUAUGCUCUCAAUGACAAAUGCAGAAAAGUAAGUUCAUGACCUCAAGGCUAGAUUACGGAAACUUUACUGGGUGGUUGCCCUGCACGCUUAAUAAACAAACUCCACCUGGUCCAAAAUGCAGCAGCUAGAGUUCUUACUAGAACCAGAAAGUAUGACCAUAUUAGCCCAGUUCUGUCAACAUUCCAUUGGCUCCCUAUAAAACAUCGCAUACAUUUCAAAAUCUUGCUAAUUGCUUACAAAGCACUAAAUGGUUUAGCUCCUCAGUACUUGAACGAGCUCUUAACGCAUUAUAGUCCUUCACGUCUAUUGCGAUCUCAGAAUUCUGGCCAGUUGAUAAUACCUAGACAGAAUAUCAAAAUCAACCGCAGGCGGUAGACAAGUCCUCUGCACAGACCCUUAUAGCCAUCUUCAUCUCCAUACCAGCGUGAUAAAUCUGAUCUUCAAGCAGAAGGAACUGGAUGAAAUAUUUUAAAUGCUACCAAUUCACAAUCUGACUUCUGCCUUGUGAUGCAGCCUGAAUCGUACCGUGUUUGUUCGUUGACCAGGGGAGAACUGCCCCCCCCGACUGAGCCUGGUUUCUCCCGAGGUUUUUUUCUCCUUUCUGUCACCUGAUGGAGUUUGGGUUCUGUCGCCUCUGGCUUGCUUAGUUGGGGACACUUAAUAUUUAACAAUAUUACUGAUUUGACACUGACACUAUUGUACUUUACACAGUUAUUGAACCAAAAUGAAUCAACUGAAUUGAUUUCAACUGAAUAAUGACUCUGUACUCUUGUCUUUUUACAGUUGAAUUCUGUUUGCAUCAAUCGUUAUUUUCCUGUUAUCACUGUAAAGCUGCUUUGAAACAAUCUGUAUUGUAUAAAGCGCUAUAUAAAUAAAGGUGACUUGACUUUAA